AUGGCGAAUACUAAUGUUGAUAUUGAGAAAUAUAUUCGUACUUUUGAUGAUUUGUAUGGAGAAAUACAAAAAUCAAAAGAUAAUGAAAAAAAUGAUAUAAUAUUAACAGUCUUACCUGUCAUCAACAGAAUACCUAAUGCAAUGUUAAUCAAUUUAGUUGAUCAUAAAAUAUUUGUAGAAAUAAGAUCAAAAUUAAUUGAUUUAUUAGAUAAAUGGUUUAUGAAUGGAUUAAAUGAAGAUGAUACUGAAAUUUUCGAUUUAAUAAUUGAAGAAUUUGCAUUGGAAUAUCGUACUUGGAAAUGUGAUCUACGAAAUGAAGAAAUAUAUAAUAAAUUAUUAUUUUAUUCUCCAUUAUUAAACGUAAUAAAAACAAAUAUUGAUAAUAUAUCAUUGAAACCAUCGAAUGAUAGAGUUCUAUGUAUUUUCAACACAUUAGUAUAUAGAUUAAUAUAUUUAUCAGAUGUUUUUAAUGACAACAAAAGCAAUAUGCUUAAACCAAUAUUUGAUUCUAUAAUGGAACUUGUAACGAAGAAUGAUAGUAGUGAAAAAGAUAAUUUUAUUUUAACAUAUUACACACGUUUUAUUACAUUUGAUGGUUACCUUGAAAAAGCACUUAUAGGUGAUGAUAUUAUUGAUGCUAUUAUACAAGUGCCUUAUAAUAUACUACGUAGUCAAUGUCUAAUAGGACAUAAAUUAUUUCCAAAAAUCAUAUCAAUAUUAACAAAUUUAUUUGAUAAAUGGUUAACAUUAAAUGAACAUGAUAAAUUAAUUUGUUCAAAAAUAAUCGAUAUAUUCAAAAUAACAUAUUAUGGAUGUCUCUCUGGUGGAUUAAACAUGAUAUUAAAUCGUUCAACAUUAAUAAAUACAAUAAAAAUAUGUUUAGAAAAUAGUUUAAAAAUAAA